UAAGUUUCCAACACUUCCCAUGUGAGUGAGUCACUGAACAACUCACUACUUCCUUUCUCUCUCUUUCUUUGCGAUUUUGUGUGUCCGGUUCUAUUCGAUCAAGAGAGCAUUCAUUUUUUUGAUUGUUGGCAUUUGGAAGCGGUGAGCAGAAAAUGGCAAAGAACGUCGGAAUUCUCGCCAUUGACAUCUACUUUCCUCCAGCAUGCGUUCAGCAGGAAGCAUUGGAGACUCACGAUGGUGCCAGCAAAGGGAAGUACACCAUUGGGCUUGGCCAAGAUUGCAUGUCGUUCUGUACCGAAGUGGAAGAUGUCAUCUCAAUGAGUUUGACAGUGGUUACUUCUCUUCUUGAGAAGUAUGGAAUUGAUGCUAAACAAAUUGGUCGCCUCGAAGUUGGAAGUGAGACUGUGAUAGACAAAAGCAAAUCCAUCAAAACAUUCCUUAUGCAGAUCUUUGAGAAAUGCGGAAAUACUGACAUUGAGGGUGUUGAUUCAACUAAUGCAUGCUAUGGGGGAACCGCCGCCCUGUUUAACUGUGUCAACUGGGUGGAGAGCAACUCAUGGGAUGGACGCUAUGGACUUGUUGUCUGCACUGACAGUGCUGUCUAUGCUGAAGGACCUGCUCGACCUACUGGAGGAGCUGCUGCUAUUGCCAUGCUAAUUGGUCCUGAUGCUCCCAUUUCUUUUGAAAGCAAAUAUAGAGGAAGUCAUAUGUCUCAUGUUUAUGACUUUUACAAGCCGAAUCUUGCUAGUGAAUAUCCAGUUGUUGAUGGAAAGCUGUCUCAAACUUGUUACCUCAUGGCUCUUGAUUCUUGCUACAAGAGUUUCUGUCACAAGUAUGAGAAAUUCGAGGGAAAACAAUUUUCUCUUUCUGAUGCGGCAUACUUUGUUUUUCACUCACCUUACAACAAGCUAGUACAGAAGAGUUUUGCACGGCUGUAUUUCAAUGACUUUUUGAGGAAUGCCAGCUCUGUGGAUGAGAAUGCCAAAGAAAAGCUGGGACCUUUUUCAAAUUUAUCUGGUGAUGAGAGUUACCAAAGUCGGGAUCUUGAAAAGGUCUAA